AAUGUCAAAAGCAGAGUGAGCGAGAGGAGGUGGAGUUCUAACGUAGAAGCUCUCGUUGUCAAUAAACAACAUGCAUCGAUGAGAUGCUAAUUAUUUUUUUUAUUUUAUAAAAUCGUUAUUGUGGCCGUACAUAUUAGUGUUAAUGAAAAUAUGAUAAUAAAAAUGUGGAAAUUCGUGAGCAUAUUUUUGCUGUUAUUGUACUUUUCUCAAUGUGAGGCCCAGUCAUAUGAUGAUAAAAGAUGCAAAUGUAUAUGUCCUAAUGUUGACUAUGUUUUAAAUACUACAUCAGCAGAUAAGAAAGUUAUAAAUGUUAUUACUAAUGUUCCAGCCACUAUGUGUAACUGCGAAGGAGUAGUGAUUCCGAAAAUUGGAGAUCAAAUCAAGGGAAAAGAACAGAUAUACUGUCCACGUUGUGAUUGUAAAUAUGAAAAUAGAAAUACCACAAUUAUAAAAAUUGUAGUUAUAAUUGUUAUAUGGGUGAUAUCCCUGCUAGUGAUAUAUAUGUUAUUCCUCAUUUGUCUUGAGCCUUUGUUGAACAAGAGACUACACAAAGCUACUGGAGGAGUUGGAUAUCAAGAACACAACAAUGAGGAGGAUGAUACAUCCGUUGCACCUGGAAUGUCUCAUGCCAUGGGUGUUAGAGGUAAUGUGCUCAAUCGCGUUGGUCAUCAACAGGACAAGUGGAAGCGCCAAGUCCGCGAGCAGAGGCGUAACAUUUAUGACCGUCAUACAAUGCUGAAUUGAGAUGUUUUCGCGGUGAAAGUCUCUUUUUUCAAAAAUCGAGUAUCAAUAACAAAACAGUCUAUGAUUUAUUAUUCGAAACAAAUUAUAUGUCUACACGUAUUUUGUGCUUUCAAUAGAUGUAAAUAUAAACUAUUUUUUUAAGUUUUAAUUACUUUUAUUCAAAAACAUAUGGAUGUAAUGUAUAUUGAUUUUGUUACUUUCAAACUAACAUUACUUAGCAAUAAAACAUUCUCCAGUCACUUGCAAAA